AUGGAGAGGCGGGACUAUGAGCUCCAGGAGCCAAUUGUUUCAUUUACAGGGCUGCGGAAAGGGCUGACGUCGUAUGGGGAUGCUCACUUCUCACUCUUCUUACGCAAGGUAUUCAUUAAAGCACUGGGAUACUCCGAGGAUGCUCUAUCUCGUCCCAUCAUUGGAAUUAUCAACACAGGAUCUGGAUUCAAUCCCUGCCAUGGCAAUACCCCUCAAUUGAUGGAAGCUGCUAAGCGUGGUAUCCAUUUGAAUGGAGGCAUAGCUAUUGACUUCCCAACGAUAAGCUUGCAUGAGGGGUUUUCGCACCCCACAAGCAUGUUUCUGCGCAACCUCAUGAGCAUGGAUACUGAGGAGAUGAUACGCGCGCAGCCCGUUGAUGCUUGCAUCAUGAUCGGAGGUUGCGAUAAGACCGUCCCAGCCCAAAUUAUGGGAGGCAUAUCUGCAAACAAGCCCGUGUUGCCUCUUCUGACAGGGCCUAUGAUGCCAGGACAUCACAGAGGAAAGCGAAUCGGUGCUUGUACUGACUGCCGAAACAAUUGGGCCUCAUACCGGGCAGGAACUAUUGAUAUGGAAGAAAUGGCGUCUAUCAAUGAAGAGCUUGCACCAACUAUCGGAACUUGCGGAGUAAUGGGAACCGCCAGCACAAUGGCCUGCAUUUCAGCUGCGUUGGGCCUAGUCCCGUUACAGGGUGCCUCUGCCCCAGCGGUGUCUGCAGCAAGGCUUCGGGUUGCUGAGCAGACAGGCGCCAAUGCUGUAGCAGCUGCGAUAAAUGGAAGAACACCACAGAAUAUCCUAUCUGCAGAAUCGUUCUAUAAUGCGGCCGUUGUCCUUCAGGCCAUCGGAGGAUCCACCAAUGCCACAGUCCAUCUCAUGGCGAUUAUUAACCGUCAUCCCAGUAUCGAAGGAUCAUUCAGCCUAAAGACCUUGGACGACAUCGGGCGGCACGUACCCCUUCUGGUUGAUCUAAAGCCAAGUGGAGAUAAUUAUAUGACUGAUUUCCAUAAUGCAGGCGGCAUGCUAUGCCUCCUGAAUCGCCUCAAGCCUCUGCUCCAUCUUUCAGCAAAGACUAUUACGGGAGUGACGCUUGGAGAAGUGUUGGAUCGAACCCCUUUCCGUGACUUUGAGUACUCUCAUCAAAUCAUCCGUACUCUUUCCAACCCGCUGCAUCCCCGCUCCUCUUUAAUUGUUGUGCGGGGUAAUAUCGCACCCUAUGGAGCCGUUAUUAAAGCUUCUGCGUCCAAAGAGAAGAGGCUGCUGCGUCACACUGGUCCCGCUGUUGUUUUCGAGAAUCCUCGUGAUCUUGCACUACGUCUCGAUGACCCGGACCUUGAUGUGACUGCGGAUUCAGUACUCGUUCUCAAGUCUAUAGGUCCUAUUGGGAAUCCUGGUAUGCCUGAGGCAGGUAUGAUUCCUAUUCCACGCAAACUGGCUGCGCAAGGGGUCACAGAUAUGCUUCGCAUCUCGGAUGGACGGAUGUCGGGUACUGCAGGAGGAACAAUUGUUUUGCAUGUCUCGCCAGAGUCAGUAAUUCCCGAUUCGCCCUUCGGGGUCGUUCGGACUGGUGACAUCAUUGUUUUUGAUGCCGAGAAUCGCCUCAUGAGGUUGGAGGUCAGCGAAGAAGAACUUCAGGUGAGAAUUUCGCGGCGACAACGAGAGAUAACAGAAAGAGAAGACUCUCCCUGGAACAGAAGACUCACCAGGCGGGGUUAUUGGGGCCUUUACGAAAGGGAGGUGAACCAGGCCCAUGAAGGCGCUGAUUUCAACUUCCUCACAGCGUCAGGGCCUGGCUGGCCUACGAACACAUGA